UGAUCGUGAAGUCGACAGCCCGCUGGCUCGGCGCCGCCGCCCGCCGAUGGCCGACGCAUGGCCUUCGGAGCGCCCGCGUCAUGUCCAUGCCUGCGCUUUGUUCGAGCAGCACCGCGCCAACGCGCUGCCCCUUUGGUACCAUCCUCGGCGUGUGCGACGACAUUAGUGUCUACUCGUGCUACAACGCCGCCUGCCCCAAGAUGGCGCGUGGCCUCGUCCACUUCCACAACGGCGUCUUCACAGGGCUGCAGUGGCAGUGCGUCGAGCUCGCGCGGCGCUACCUCGUCGUGCGCAGCGGCGUCACGUUUUCGUCGAUUCGUUUUGCGUACGAGAUUUUUGCGCCGACGACCGCCUUUGCCACGGUCGCCGACGAGCGCCCGGUCGCCGUCGACCGGUGUCACAACGGCGCACCGACACGGCCGCGCGUCGGGUCGCUUCUGAUCUGGGACCACGGCGGCCACAUGAAGGAGACGGGCCACGUCGCCGUCAUCACGCGCGUCGCCGACGACUACGUGGACAUUAUCGAACAGAACCACGACGACAGUGUCUGGCCAUCCGACCAAGACUACUCGAGGCGCCUCGCGGCGACCGUGACCAAGGACGGCUACGCGAUUGCACCGGCGUCGACCAACGAAACGAUCCUAGGCUGGAUCAACAUCCCUGCCUAGUCUCCUCCGCACCAAUAUAUAUUAUCCUUCUUCAUGUACUAUCUACUACUCGCAUGUCUUA